CGAGAGGAGAGCUUACGCGACCGUCGCUCUCGAGUGCCAGCGAGAUAUCUUGGUGUUGUACAUGAGGAUACUGAUUGUCCAGCUGCGAUAUUUCCGAUCUCGAUUCUCCGCGUCCAAGCACGUUAAGCCACCGAAGCCUUCAAGGUGCUCGCGCUACACGAGAAGUGGACGAAGAACGUGGAAGAAGGACGACGGCAACCGCGAGGGUUGCAUGAUUCCGAAGACCGUAACGUCAGCAGGACGGCUAGACCUUAUUAUUAUUCCAACAAAAGUGGAUCCAUUCUCCAUCAAGCGGAGAAGGGAAGAGGCAGGCGAAGCGGGUGGGCACCAGGUGGUAGCAAGUUGAGAUUGAGAGACCGAGUGAGGUAACUCGAGGAGCCGUUAAACCAGAGAGAGCUGUAGAAGAAGAAGUAAAACCUCGAACGAAUCAAGUAAAUAACAUAAUCCAAUGCAUUACGGUCCCCACGGUGCCACCGAGGAAGUCGCCGCCGUCGCAGCCGCCGAGGAAAAGAUAUGUCGUUACCGCGGGAAUGGAGCUUCCAGGAUACGGCACAGUGCCGACCGUAUCCGGGGCACGGCGGCUCGUCGUUGGCCGAGGUGCGCGACGUCGACGUCGACGUCGACCUCGGCGUCGAUCGCACGGCCACCGCGGCAGUGUCGUCGUCGCAGGAGAUGGUCGUCGGCGGUGGCGUCGCCGCCAUCAUCGACGAGAACAUGAAUCAGCCGGCUAACCAGCUGGGCUCGCUCUUCUCCAUCCACUCGGCGCCGGUGUUCGACCUGAGCGGCGGCGCAAUCGCCGGAGCACCGUCGCCGAAGCGGCCGGCUUCGCUCGCGGUGCAAACGACAGCGACGUCGACGCCGAUCGUGCCGCCGCAUCUGCAGAGUCCGGAGGGUACCGUCAACGAUGACGAUGACAACGACAACCUGCUGACGAUAUCCAGCCUCACUGCUCGCCCGCUCAUCGCGAAAUCGCGAGAGCUCAGGUCCGCCAGAUGUACGGCCCCGAAGAGAAAAAAGUCCCAGAGGAGCGACAUCAGGAAACCGCGAAACACCACGUACGUGCCGUUGGACGGCGGUUACGGCUGGGUGGUCGUGUUCGGCGCCUUCUUCGUGCAGUUCUGGGUUGCUGGUCUGGUCAAGUCCUACGGCGUGCUCUACGUCGAGGUCAUGGAGACCUUCAAGGACUCGUCCGCCUCGGUCGCGUCUUGGAUACCAGCGAUUCUGACGUGCCUAUGUCUGGCGCUCGCUCCGGUGACGAGUAUGCUCUGCCAGAAGUACAGCUGUCGGACGGUGGUUUUCGUGGGAGGACUUUUCUGCGCUCUAGGACUUACAACUAGUUACUUCGCCACGCGACUGAUACACCUCUUUUUUACAUUUGGCGUGCUGACAGGUAUCGGUGGCGGUUUGUCCACGACGCCGGGUAUAAUUCUGGUGUCGCAAUACUUCGACAAGCAUCGCGCCUUGGCGAACGGGAUCUGCGUGUCUGGCACCGCCGCUGGUAGCUUCGUGUUCCCGCUCCUCAUCGAGCUGCUGGUGAAGAACUUUGGUUUUCACGGCACGAUCCUACUGUUGGGCGGCUGCAUGUUGCACGUGUGCGUGAGCGCGACGCUGUACCGGCCGUUGGACGACAAUUACGCGCCCGACGAGGAGCAGAUCCAGCAGAGGGAAGAGAAGGAGGAGCAGUCAAAGCAGCAGAAGCUGGACCUGCUGUUCGCCAAUGACCCGACCACUCGGCAUAAUAUGCUAAACGAGCUGUUUCAUCAAAACGGUGGCGGUGUGGUGGCAGUCGAGCUGACCGACAGUGACGAGGAAAAGGAUGUGAUGGGCGAAGGUUUACGCAUGAAGCCCAUCUCCAAGAUCCGCAGCUCCAGCAUCCUGCAUAGCGUUGAGGACUUAUCGACGGACUCCACGUGCGUCUACAAAGCCGCUCGGUCGUCCUUGAGAUCUUUGAGAUCAUCAGCAACAGCGGUGGGUGCACCGGAACAGCAGCCGCCACCGCCGCCGCCUCCAUCACCGCCCCCACCGGCGUCGUCGUCGUCGUUGACGCGAACAGCGUCGUCCAUUGAUGCGUCCAAAGUCACCCUGAUGCAGCGGCUGACGCGCUACAUCGAUCUGUCGCUGUUGAAGAAUCCGCAGUUCAUCAUGAUGUGUUUCUCCGUCAGUCUCAUGUCCACCGGCAGUCCGUACAUGCUGUAUUACCUGCCGGCGUAUGUGCAUGCCGCCGGCUACACCAAGUCGGAGGCGGGCUACUUAGUAGCCAUCUCCGCCGUCCUCGACCUGUGCGGCAGACUCGGUCUUGGCUGGCUGUCCGAUCUCAAGCUGUUCGACCGGCGGAAAGGAUACAUCGGCAGCGUGGUUGGUGCCGGUGUGGCGGUCCUGGCGAUCCCGAUGGCUCAUUCCUUUUAUGUGCUGGCGUGUUCCGUUGGCAUGUACGGACUGUGCUUGGGUUGUUGGUUCCUCCUAGUUCCCGUCCUGCUCGCCGACCAAUACGGAACAGACAAGAUAUCGUCCAGUUAUGGUCUCGUGAGGAUGUUCCAAAGCGUCGGCGCGAUCUCUAUUCCACCUCUCGCAGGUUAUUUGCGCGACGUAACCGGAAGUUACACCGUGUGUUUCCUGUGUAUGGGCACGUGUAUGGUCAUAGGAGGUCUGCCUAUGUUGUUGGUCUUCAACGAGGCAUCAAACUCGACAACAAAGCUGCCCGUAAACGCUGAGAAUAACAAUCGUCAGAGGGACACUACCAUGAAAGAGUAAAUUAUUUUGAAAAUGUGAUCGUUAACGAAGAGUGAUAUAAUCUAAUGUGUAAUAGGAAGAUAAUAAAUCACAACAGUUGUCACAA